UGGUCGUACAGUUUUAUCCAAGUUCGGUUUGUUUGCCACAUUUAGUCUCUUGAUUAUAGUGGUGAUUUCGUCGUUUCGUCAUGUUAGUUUUUUUUUUGGUUUGAUGUCUUCGCUAUUGAUAUAAUUAUUUCUCUCUCUCUCUCUUUCUUUAUUCCAUAAUCUUCAAGUAAAGUUUGAAUAUAUUCACUAUUAUCUCAAUGAAUUUUGAUGAUGUUCACAUCGAAAAACAAAUAAAAAAUUAUUUUUUCACUAGAAUUACCAACGAAUUUGCCAUCAACCGUUACCGGUUACAUCUAUAUCUUGUCAACACUUGAUUUAGAUUCGUGUCGACAGAAAUGAUGCACAAAUUAUUCGAAUAUUGAUGAUGUAUAUCCGCAUUAAUAUGUAGAUGUUGUUCGAUCGAAGAUCGGAUUGCGCAUAAUCGUUUAUCCUUUUUCAUUUUUUUUCUGGAUUUUUUCUGGGUUCUGGUUUUAUCAACAAUCCGACAAUAUCAACUGACUGAUCAGUAGCUAAAUGAUGCAUGUCAUUUUCGUACAACUUGUGAUUUAAAAUCAAAUAUAUUGCCGUAAUAUCAUUUAUUGAUGAUAUGAUUAAUGUUGUUGUGCUGAAUUCACAUCACUGUUUUAUCCUCAGCAUCAUCAGCAAUUGCCGCUUCCAUAUAAAAACUGCCGGCAGUCAUCGUCCUGACAGACAGUCCUAAUUUCGUUUGGUUAACCCGAUUUUUGUUUCUGUCUGAAAUUCUUCCAUAAUUGAAUCGUUAUGGCCAAAAAAGGCACAUUAACGCUGACUUCUCAUAAACACAAUGAUUCAUCGUUUGAUCAAAUCGAAUCCACUAAUGUAUUGGUUAUCGGUAAUGGUCCAUCUGCGAUAACUUUAAGUUUUUUAUUAGCCGGUCAUUGGCCUUAUUAUUCACCAGAAGAUUUUCAAUCACAUAAUGAGAAUGGAGCAAAUCCAACAUUGCAAAAUCUACAUGAUCGACUUUUAUAUCAUUGUGCUUCGGAUUCUUGCCAUCAUGAUGAUUAUGAUCAAGAGUCCAUUUCGAAACCAAAACUACGAUCAUUAAUGGAAUCCGACUUGAAAGAACUUAGUCAAGAUCUUGUAGGACGUACUGGAGCCAAUCCAGUUUCCGUAUUGAUGGAUCAACUUCAACAUCCAAAUGCCGAUCUCGGUGAAAGAAAUCCUUCCACAUUGAAAUGGACAUAUAGACCUGAUCGUCAUGUUGAUCACUUGGUGAUCGGUUCGUCUGGAUCACCUGGAGGUAUUUGGCAUGCCAUUGCCAAGACUUGUUCGUCUAAACUUCGUUCCAGUCAUACUACCGAAGUUCUCACAUUAUCACGUCGGUCAUUGAUGCAGUUGCCUGUGUUGCCUAUAUAUGAUGAUGAGAAUCAUCAAAACGAUAGUGACGGUGAACUUCCUUUGGAUAAUCGUAUUCCUUAUCGAGUGGUUGCUGAUUAUUAUCGCCGAUACGUUCAUCAUUUCGGUUUGGAUCAAUAUUUUCGCAAUCACACCCGUGCAACACUUUUAGAUUGGGAUCCAAUAAGUCAAUGUUUUAUUGUCGAUACUGUAUGCAGAAAAUUGUCAACAUCUGGGCAACAAAAAUAUCGUGUCCGAUAUCGAGCCCAGCGAGUAGUGUUGGCCAAAGGCACAUCGACAUCUCCUAGUAUGUUGAACAUAGCAGGCGAAACAUUUCCAUUUGUGUUACAUUCAUUGACCAAAUUAGAUGUGAUCAUACGACAUACACAAUUGUUGCCAUGUUGGCGUAUACCAAUGCUGUCGACAUCGCGAACACAUUCGUCCGAUCCAGUAUUGAUUGUUGGUUCUGGACUUUCAGCUGCCGAUGCUUUGAUAUCACUAUCACAACGCUGUCAACGUCGUCCAUUACGCAUCAUACAUUUAUUUAGGAAAUCCAUUCGAGAUCGUUCAUUAAUAUUCAACCAAUUAGCUACAAAUGAUUCAAACUAUCCCGAAUAUUUUCAAGUAUUUCAACAGAUGAAACACUCUGUUCAGAAUAGCAUCCAUUGUUUGUCAUGUUUACCGCAUGGCCAACAUCAUUUACCCUCUUCUUAUUCAUCAUCAUCAUCAUCAUCAUCAUCCUCAAAACAAUCAACAUUGCGAUUCGAACAUUAUCAAGCAUAUCAAGAAUGUAUUUUGUCUUCCAUACAAACGGCAACCAAUGGUCAUCGUACUGCAACAUUAGAGUUUCUGGAUAAAAAUAAAGCCGAUUCAACACUGUGUUGUCGUUGUCAUCGUCCUAUAAGACAUCAGCUAACUAUUCGUAUAUCGUUUGCAUUAAUUUUAAUCGGUUCAAAUCCUCAAUUAGAUUUUGUCGAUGAUAAAAUUCGUCAACGAUUGGCAAACGAUGCUUCGUCUCCUAUUGAUCAUCGCCUUAAUCCAAUUGACAUUGAUCCAUACACUCAUGAAUGCAAAGACAUUCCAGGCCUAUAUGCAUUAGGUCCUUUAGUGGGUGAUAAUUUUGUUCGUUAUGUACAAGGUGGUGCAUUGGCAGCUGCUAAUCAUAUCUACCAUACAGAACAACAAAACAUUUAUGGCAAUAUAAUCAACAUGAAUCAUACAUUAUCCGACAAUGAUGAAGGUCGCUAAUCUGAAUCGAUAACAAUUUUAUCAACCUGAAAUACAAAAAAAAAUCCAAUAAACAUAUCAUGAUUGAUUUAAAUUGUUCAUUUUUCAUAUUUUAUGUUUCGAGAAUCCCUAAGAAUAAUAUAUUUAUUUUGUAGUCUUUAA